AUGGAGCAUGGCUGCCGCCCCUCUCUGCUCUGCAGUCUCCCCUCCCUGCUUCUCCUCGCCCAGCUGCCCACGUGGGGCUCUGCAGAUGAGUUCCAGGUGAUCGGCCCCUCAGAACCCAUUGUGGCCAUGUUGGGUGGUGACGCCAUCCUUCCCUGCUCCCUGGUCCCAGCCAUGAAUGCAGAGGAGAUGGAGCUGCGGUGGUUCCGUACCAAGUUCUCAGAAGCGGUGUUCAUCUAUCAGAACCGCCGGGAGCAGUACGAGGAGCAGAUGCCCCAGUACGCAGGGCGGACCUCGCUAGUGAGGGACCUCCUCACCCAGGGGCAGGCUGCUGUGCGCAUCCAGAAUGUCCGGGCUUCAGACAAUGGGAUGUACACCUGCUUCUUCCAGAAGGGAAGCCACUAUGAAGAGGACACUGUAGAACUCAAGGUGGCAGGCCUGGGCUCUGCCCCUCAAGUGCACAUUGAAGGGCCGGAGCAGGACGGGGUCCGCGUGGUGUGCAAGGCCUCGGGCUGGUUCCCGAAGCCCCAGGUGCAGUGGACAGACCUCAGCGGGAAGAAGUUCCUGGAGUUCUCUGAGGCCCAUGCCCAGGACGCAGCAGGGCUGUUCAGCGUGGAGGCGGCUCUGGUGGUGAGAGACAGCUCUGCAGGGAGUGUGAGCUGCUCUGUCCUCAAUCCCAUCCUGGGCCAGGAGAAGGCCAUGGCCGUGUCCAUCCCAGAGCCCUUCUUCCCGCAGGCCUCUCCCUGGAAGGCAGCAUUCGCUGUGACCCUGAUCAUGCUGGGGCUCCUGCUCUUUGGGGCUGGCUUCUUCACCAGGAGAGAGCACUCUGCAAAGCUGCAGGAGAGGCAGACACAGGAGAAGCUGCGCCGGGCUAAGGAGGAGGACCAAUGGGCAAAGGAGGAAGCACUGAAGACCAGAGAUGAGCUCCAGACAGAACUCGAUCGGAGGAAGGCAGCUUACCUGACUGAGUCUGACCUUCAGCACAGAGGGCAGGGAGGGCUGAGCAGGUGGUGUAGCUGUGGUCUCACCAGGGUGUGUUUCCUUUCAGCCUGGAGGAAGGCGCAGCUGUAUGCUGAUUGGCGAGAGGAACGGUUCCAGGCCUGGUCUGUCACUCUGGAUCCAGACUCUGCCCAUAGCAACCUUGCUGUGUCUCCUGGAAAGACAAGUGUGACCUGGAAGGACACCUGUGUUGUCUCUGAUGGCCGCUGCACUGUGUUGGGCCUUGAGGGCAUCACGUCGGGAAGAUAUUACUGGGAGGUGGAGAUCAAGAGUGGAGUGGACAGCGAGUGGGCUCUGGGGGUCUGCAGGGAGCAUGUGAAAAGGACAGGCUUUUAUACAGAGUUCCCGGAUAAGGGAUUCUGGGUUGUGGGGUGUUUUAAUAAUGAAUAUCAUGCCUGUACUACUUCCAAUCCAACAUCUAUACCCCUUAGGCAGCGUCCCAGCAAGGUGGGGAUUUUCCUGGACUAUGAUGGAGGGGACGUCUCCUUCUAUAACAUGACUGAUGGCUCCCACGUUUUCUCCUUCCCCCGAGCUUCUUUCUUUGGAACACUCUUUCCAUACUUCAUGCUAAAGUCAGGAAAUGUGUCCCUGAGCAUCUGCUUAGUGGCACAUGAAUCUGAGGGACGUGAGGGGGAAGAGGCAUGAGGAGGGCGACAAGCAGCGAGGAGGGGAGAGGAGGGCAUUGUACCAGGGACUUCAAUGGCGGAAUUAUAA